CCUCUCUUUUUCAUCAAGUAUUUCUCCUUCAUUUUUCAAGUCAACCGACCUAUCAAAUAAGUUCCCUUUUUAGACCACUUGAUUUAUACAUGAUACUGAUGCAUAUCUAUUUGUGAAGACAACAUAUGUAUUUUACAUGUCACAGUUCAUACUACUAGUACAUAAUCUUCACUUCUUCAGUUUUUUUUCAUCUUAAGAAUCCACUGCUUCCUCCUUGUAAAGUUAGGAUGGGGCUAGUCCAGUUGUUUUGCUUCCUCUUGUUUUGUCAACUCGUGCUGAUUUUAUCAGCACGGUAUGGAAGCGGGUACCAAUAUAACUGUCAGCGAUCAUUCAGUUGUGGAUAUCGUGGGAUUUUACAUUACCCUUUCACCAAGGCAGAGCAACCAGACUGCGGCCUCAUACUCAUACAUGGAUGUGAUGAUAGUUAUUAUUCACCCAAAUUGAUCCAACUGGAGAAGAAUGCAAAAAACACAGAGCUAACUGCUGUCAUUGACCAGAAUACCAUUACGCUUUCUGAUCCAGAUUUUUACAAGCGUUUGCAACAUAAUGUUUGUGACACUUUGAACCAGAACUACACUCUUCCUCCCCCUUCUCCUUUGGUUUCUUUUUAUAUAAUUUAUAAUGUAACUCUCUUCCGAUGCAAUCAUGGCCACAGUAUCAAUCCCCCUAGACAGUAUUUUAAAUACAACUGUUCUUCCUACUAUAUCUAUUAUGACAGCAAGCAGUACUCUAAUGUUACUAUAGAGAAGGCGCGUAGUUUUUUCUCAUCCUGCUCCCUAUUUCAGUUUCCAUCUAAAGACUUGACUGAUACCGAAAACAUCUUAUCAUUUGUAUCUGGUCAGAUGGUUGUUAAAAUAGUAUUAUCUGCUGAUUGUGAAGAGUGCUGCAACCACAGAGGAGGCCAAUGUAGACUUAAUGCAAACAAUAAGUUCUACUGUCAUUAUGUGGCUUCUGUUGCAGAGCCGAAGAAUAAGAGAAAUUAUUUUAAGCUGCUACUUGGACUUGGAAUAGGCUUAAGCAUUACAUUUGUUGCACUGGGUAUUCUUAUAGUCCGAUGUCUCUUUAGAAGAAAACGUGCUCCAUCAGACCUCCAAAAUCAAUCGAAAAGCAAAUCAUAUAAUGAUGAAAGUGAUCCCUAUCGAAAUCAAGACUCAGAAAACGGCACUGUCUACUUUAAAAUACCUCUGUUCUCUUAUAAGGAGCUAGAAGAAGCUACAAAUAAUUUCCACCAAGCCAACCAACUUGGAAGUGGAGGCUUUGGAAUAGUUUAUUACGGGAGACUGCGAGAUGGACGAGAAAUUGCUGUUAAGCGUCUAUACGAGCACAACUGGAGGCGAGUAGAACAGUUCACCAAUGAAAUUGAGAUCCUUGCUCGCACCCGCCACACAAAUCUUGUGUCUCUCUAUGGAUGUACUUCACAUCACAGCGAUGAACUAUUGCUUGUAUACGAAUAUGUUCCAAACCACACUGUUGAUUUUCAUCUCCAAGGUGAUCUAGCAAGAAUAGACACACUGCCUUGGCAUAUCAGGAUGAAAAUUGCCAUAGAGACAGCGAGUGCAUUGGCUUAUCUGCAUGCUUCUGGCAUCAUUCACCGUGAUGUGAAAACCAAAAACAUUCUCCUUACAAACAGCUUCAGUGUCAAAGUUGCAGAUUUUGGUCUUUCAAGACUAUUCCCCCACGAUAUCACCCAUGCGUCCACAGCACCACAAGGGACACCAGGUUACGUUGACCCGGACUAUCAUCAAUGCUACCAGCUUACUAACAAGAGUGAUGUAUACAGUUUUGGUGUUGUGCUCGUUGAGCUAAUAUCAUCUAAGCUUGCUGUUGAUAUGAACAGGCAUAAGGAUGAGAUUAACUUGUCAAACCUGGCCUUAAAGAAGAUCCAGAAGGGUGAAUUUACUGAGCUGGUGGAUCCAAAUCUUGGUUUUGAUUCAGACAAUGAGGUUAAGAGGAUGAUAGUUUCGGUGGCAGAGUUGGCUUUUCAAUGUUUGCAAAGGGAAAAGGAAUUGAGACCUUCCAUGGAUGAGGUUUUGAAUGUGCUGAUGAGAAUUGAAAGUGGGAAGGAUGAGCCUGAGCAUAUAGUUGAAGAAGAUGUGCAUCCACCUUCACCAGAUGGAAAUGAGGAUGAGAUUGGAUUAUUCCAAAAAACAAUACGACAUCCUUCACCUAAAGCUGUGGUUGAUGAAUGGGAUAGUCGACCUACUACGUCCAAUACCAUCAGUGGUCAUUAAUCGUAUAGUCUUGCAUACAGAUUAAUUUGCAGCACUUAAACAUUGUCUUCUAUAACAAGAGGACACCCAUAUUUUCUUUUUUCUUUUGGUGAACAAGUGAUUAUAGCUAUACUUGUAAAUAAGUUAUAUUCGUAAUUAGGGAGUUUCUGAAUUCACCCUCUAAAAUGCGAGAUUUAUAGGAAGGAUAGUGUCAUUUGGCAGAUUUGAAUAUAGAAUGAGUGGAAUGAGAAACUUUGUGUAAUCAUGUAUAAUAAUUGUAUUCUCAUUAGUGAGACUCAAGUUGAUGUAGAAUAGUCUAUUUAUGCGAAUAGUGCAUAUACUCUAUUCACAACUUUGAAAUAUAUCAUAAAUAUUUUCUACA